UCGGCGUAAACCUUUAGUGACUCUUCGCCUCCCUGUCCCAAGGUGGUGUUUAAUGUUUUAAAGAGACUGGUUCGGUGCCUCCACUUCCACAACCAUCUUGCACGGAACCAUUUUCCUACACUGCUCUGAGGACUGAGGAAUUUUCUGGAAAACGGGCCUGUUCGCCAUGAACGUGCCGAGGAAAGCGGGCCUCGCGAUGACGCAGUUCGGCGCGGGGAAGGCGCCGCCGCCGCCGGCCAGGCGCUCGUCCGUGCACAGGUCAGACUCCGCCCCCGGGGAGGAGGCUGUGGUGGCGGCGCGGCCCCUGCCCCGCACCCCCGAGCCCGAGCGGCGUCUCAUCCCGAGGAUCAGGUCUCACCGGCGGAACAAGACGCUGCCCAACAUCUCGCUGCCCACCAACGUCGUCCACACCGUCCACGUCGUAUUCAACCCCGUUACUGGGGACCUGGAGGGCCUCCCCGACACCAUGAAGGCGCUGUUGGACGCGUCGAAGAUCACGAAGGAGGAGAAGGAACAGAAUCCAGAGGCAGUUUACCAGGCACUGAGGUACCUCCAGGAUCCCAAGAACCAUAGCAAGGUCGACAAGUUCAUGACACAGGACGAGAGUGACUACGACGAGCUGCCUUCAGGCCCUGCCCGCCCCGUGCUGCCCCCCCUGGCGCCGCUGCCCCCCAACCUCGCCACCAUCAGGGAAUCGAGGGAAUACCCACAGACCUUGAGCAUCGACGCAGAGCCGGCGCCGCCGCCCAUUCCCUCGCGGCCGGAGCGAACCAAGUCCAUCUACACGCAGCCGGUCGACGAUACAGACUCGCCGACGUCGAGACCUCGCAGUGGGAGCGACGGGGCGGUGAGCGCCGUUCCCGCGAAGCCGCAGUCGCAGCAGGCGCAGCGGGAGGAGGUCCUCGGGAAGCUGCGUCAGGUGGUGAGCGUCGGGAACCCGCAGAAGAAGUACCGGCUGGAACAGAAGAUCGGGCAGGGGGCUUCCGGAGCCGUCUACACCGCCCUGGACCUGAAGACGGGCGAGCUGGUGGCCGUGAAGCAGAUGAUCCUGGAGAAGCAGCCUCGGCAGGAGCUCAUCAUCAACGAGAUCCUCGUCAUGCAGAGGAGCCGACACCUCAACAUCGUCAACUACUUGGACUCGUACCUCGUCAGCGGAGAACUGUGGGUGAUCAUGGAGUACCUGGCGGGAGGCUCCUUGACGGACGUGGUGACCGAGACCUGCAUGGAGGAGGGCCACAUCGCCGCCGUCUGCAGAGAGGUCCUCCAGGCGCUUCAGUUCCUGCACGAAAAGAAUAUUAUUCACAGAGACAUCAAAUCCGACAACAUUCUCCUCGGGCUGAACGGAGAAAUCAAGAUCACCGACUUCGGGUUCUGUGCCCAGCUGUCGCCGGAGAAGACCAAGAGGACGACCAUGGUGGGCACGCCCUACUGGAUGGCCCCCGAGGUCGUGCACAGGAAGCAGUACGGGCCGAGCGUGGACCUGUGGUCCCUGGGCAUCAUGGCCAUUGAGAUGCUGGAGGGUGAACCUCCAUACAUGAACGAGGACCCGGUACGUGCCUUGUACCUGAUCGCCAGCAAUGGGAAACCGACGAUCAAGGACAGGCAUAAACUUUCGCCUUACUUUUGCGACUUCUUAGACAAGUGCCUCGAGGUGGACAACAACAAACGGCCUUCUGCGUCUCAGCUGUUGCAGCACCCGUUCCUGCGCUGCGCCCAGCCGCUGCCCAACCUGCGGGCGCUCAUCGAGGCCGCCCGCUCGUCGAUCAUGAGGAAGCAAGAAAUGGACGUCAUCUGAUCCGUCUCCGCGUCCAAGCUCGGCCGCAGAGGAGGAGAAAGCGCGAAUGCGGGAACGCCUCUGGGAUUUGCUGGCGGAGGCGCCGCCAUUGCGGGAUCGCCUUCUUGGUCGGGUAGUGACUGGCGGUUUUGCUUUUUCAUUUUUGUCACUUGGUUGCACGAAACCAAACAAACGAAUGUGCGCGCACACCCGCAUGAGCAGACACACGCACACAUUCACACGCACACACUCAUACUCUCUCUCUCCCUCACUCUCACUCUCCCUCUCCCACCCCCACUCACACUCACACUCACACUCACACUCACAC